AUGGAGCUAACGGACGAAGAGAUUAAAAAACUGUUCCUAGUCCGGAGGACAUUGAUGCAGAUGCUCAAAGAUCGUGGCUACUCUAUCGCGGAUUCGGAUAUUACGAUGAGUCUAGCAGAGUUUAUUGAGAAAUAUGGAGAAAAUAUGAAUAGGAAGGCUCUUGUUACUCUCAAAGCUAAGAAGAACGAUGACAAUGAUAAGCUCUAUAUAUUCUUCCCUAAAAGACCCAAAGUUGGAGUUGCGGAGAUGAAGAAGUACACGAGCAAGUUGAAAUCAGAUAAUGUUUUCAGAGCAAUUCUGGUGGUGCAAGAUAUUAAGGACUUUUCCCGCUUUGCUCAGCUUUCUAUUGGUGAAAUCUAUCCAAAAUUUCAUAUUGAAGUUUUCCAGGAAGGGGAAUUGCUAAUGAAUGUAAACAAACAUGUUUUUGUGCCUGAGCAUCAAGCUCUUACUAGUGAAGAGAAGGUUACUUUUCUGGAGAAAUACACAGUCAAAGAGAACCAGCUUCCAAAGAUUCACGUCACUGAUCCAAUCGCAAGAUACUUUGGACUAAAACGUGGCGAAGUCGUGAAGAUCACACGUCUGAGUGAAACCUCUGGUCGUUAUGUUACUUAUCGCUAUGUUGUAUAA